GGAGCCAAACCAAAAAUGCCAGGCCACACUCACCUUAACUCCAUCCGUAUAGAUGGGGACAUAUCUCUGGGUGGGCUGUUUCCGGUACAUGCCAGAGGGAAUGAUGGGAAAGCUUGCGGAGAGCUCAAAAAGGAAAAGGGAAUCCACAGAUUAGAGGCUAUGCUGUUUGCCUUGGAUCGUAUCAAUAAUGACAAUGAGCUGCUUCCUAAUAUCACUUUGGGGGCACGGAUCCUGGACACAUGCUCGCGGGACACCCAUGCACUGGAGCAGUCACUGACGUUUGUGCAAGCACUGAUUGAGAAAGACUCCACAGAUGUCAAGUGUCUCAGCGGCGGACCGCCAAUCAUCACCAAGCCAGAGAGAGUGGUGGGGGUGAUCGGCGCAUCGGCCAGCUCCGUGUCAAUCAUGGUGGCCAACAUCCUGCGACUCUUCAAGAUCCCUCAGAUCAGCUAUGCAUCGACGGCCCCGGAGCUCAGCGAUAACACCAGAUAUGACUUCUUCUCACGGGUCGUUCCCCCUGACACCUACCAAGCUCAAGCUAUGGUGGACAUCGUCAAAGCCAUGCAGUGGAACUAUGUGUCCACAGUCGCAUCAGAAGGGAACUAUGGAGAGAGUGGAGUCGACGCUUUUAUCCAGAGGUCUCGAGAGGAUGGUGGCCUGUGCAUCUCACAGUCAUUAAAAAUACCACGUGAACCCAAAUUGAAUGAGUUUGACAAGAUCAUCCGCCGACUUAGUGAGAAUCCCAAUGCCAGAGUUGUCAUAAUCUUUGCCAAUGAGGACGACAUCAGGCGACUACUGCAAGCUGCAAAGAAGGCCAAUCAGACGGGUCAUUUCAUCUGGGUCGGUUCAGACAGCUGGGGUUCCAAAAUUGCCCCCAUCCUGAACCAAGAGGAAAUGGCAGAAGGUGCUGUUACGAUCCUGCCCAAGCGCCAGUCCAUCAAAGGUUUUGACAGAUAUUUCAUCAGCCGCACACUCGAAAACAAUCGGCGAAAUAUCUGGUUUGCUGAGUUUUGGGAGAACAACUUUCAGUGCAAGCUAAGUCGACAUGCUGUGAAGAAAGGAUCAGGAAUCAAGAAAUGCACAAACCAUGAGCGAAUUGGAAAAGACUCUUCUUAUGAACAGGAGGGAAAAGUUCAGUUUGUCAUUGACGCAGUGUAUUCCAUGGCCCAUGCUCUGCACAACAUGCACAAAGAUCUCUGUCCCGGAAAGGUCGGUCUCUGCUCCAAAAUGGACACCAUCAACGGCACACUGCUGCUCAAGUACAUUCGGGAAGUAAACUUCACAGGUAUAGCUGGCACACCUGUUGUCUUCAAUGUGAAUGGAGAUGCACCAGGUCGAUAUGAAAUCUACCAAUACCAGAUUGCAAAUGAAACAAUGGAGUAUAAGAUCAUCGGCCACUGGACUGAUCAGCUCCAUCUAGAUAUCAAUGAGAUGCAGUGGCCUGGUGGAACACAAGAUAUUCCCUCUUCCAUCUGUAGCCAGCCCUGUCGUCCAGGGCAGCGCAAGAAGAUAGUGAAGGGCAUUCCAUGUUGCUGGCAUUGCGAGAACUGCGAUGGUUACCAGUAUCAAGCAGACACAUACACAUGCAAGAUGUGCCGUUUUGAUUUGAGGCCAAAUGAAAACCACACUGGCUGUGUGCCCAUCCCCAUUGUCAAGCUGGAGUGGAACUCCCCAUGGGCAGUGAUCCCUGUGCUAAUUGCUGUGCUGGGCAUCAUGGCUACCCUGUUUGUGGUUGCCACAUUUGUGCGCUACAAUGACACACCUAUUGUGAAGGCUUCAGGCCGAGAAUUGAGUUAUGUUCUGCUGACAGGCAUCUUCCUGUGCUACGCUACCACCUUCCUCAUGAUCUCCACCCCUGACGUCUUUAUAUGCUCUCUGAGAAGGAUUUUCCUUGGCUUGGGGAUGAGCAUAAGUUAUGCUGCCCUGCUGACAAAGACAAAUAGGAUCUACAGAAUCUUUGAGCAGGGAAAAAUGUCAGUUAGUGCACCUAGGUUCAUCUCCCCAGCCUCCCAGUUAGUCAUCACAUUCAGCCUUAUAUCAGUGCAGCUCCUGGGUGUAUGCAUCUGGUUUGGAGUUGACCCAUCUCAAGCCAUCAUCGAUUAUGAGGACCAGCGCACAGCCAACCCAGAGAUGUCGCGUGGAGUCCUGAAAUGUGACAUAUCAGACCUCUCGCUAAUCUGCCUGCUGGGCUACAGCAUGCUGCUGAUGGUCACCUGCACAGUAUAUGCCAUCAAAACCAGAGGCGUCCCAGAGACCUUCAAUGAGGCCAAGCCCAUCGGCUUCACCAUGUACACAACAUGUAUAGUAUGGCUCGCUUUCAUUCCCAUUUUCUUUGGAACUUCGCAGUCAGCGGAAAAGAUGUACAUCCAGACCACAACCUUAACCAUCUCUGUAAGCCUCAGUGCAUCUGUGUCACUGGGCAUGCUCUACAUGCCUAAAGUCUACGUAGUUCUGGUUCAUCCAGAGCAGAACGUGCCCAAGCGCAAGCGCAGCCUGAAGGCGGUGGUCACCGCAGCAACGAUGUCCAACAAGUUCAACCCCAAAGGCGGUCUGCGGCCCAACGGAGAAGCCAAGUCUGAACUCUGUGAAAGUCUGGAAACACAAGUUCUGGCGUCGAAGCAGACAUACAUAAGCUACAGUAACCAUGCCAUCUAA